UACACCUACCCCACUCUCCCACUGGUUCCCCUUUCACUCAUCGUAUAUAACUAUAUAUUAUACGACAAGCACAAAGCCUGCUACUCCGAGCUUCUUUGACAUCUCAAAAAUGGAUUCUGAAGCAGAAGCAGUGAUCGAGUUUCUAGGGGACGUGCCCGCGCUUCAGAGACUUCCGAGCUCGUCUAUUAGGAAAAUUGCUCAACACGUUAUCGUUAAACAUCAUAAUUCUGGAGACUAUGUGUUCAAAGAAGAAGGGGAAUCUGGGGGUGGAACUUACUUUAUUUGGGAGGGCGUGGUGGAAGUCUCCAGUCAAUUUCCUGAAAGUAACCAUGAUUCUCAAGUUUUCGAGUGGAAAAAGUUUGAUUACUUCACCCAAAGUGAAUGUGGUGGUCAAGAUGUGAUUGCUUUGACUAAGCUGACCUACUUAAUGCUACCCUACAAAUAUAGUGACUUGAUGAAUCCAAAAUCAAUUUGGAGUGCAGAUAUGAACCUUGAGACAUGGGCACCUGUGGAACACAUAUUGUCCUUGGACCCACUGGAUGUGAACACAUUCAGAGGAGUCACCUUAAAAGGAGCUCCAAAAUCUGCUAAAGUGUAUGGAGGCCAGUUUAUGGGACAGGCAUUGGCUGCAGCAUCAAAAACGGUUCAUUUUCUUAAGAUUUUACAUAGCUUUCAUGCUCACUUCCUUCUUCCAGGGGAUGUAAAUGAGUUUCUAAAGUAUAAUGCUGGAAAAGGAAGAAAUGAAAUUCCAAUUAUAUAUGAAGUUGAUCGGGUACAUGAUGUGCAUAAUCUUGCUACAAGGAGGGUGAAUGCAGUACAGAAAGAGCGAAUUGUCUUCUUUUUGAUUGCUUCCUUUCAUAGGGGAGAAGAAGGUUUUGAUCACCAAGAACCAACAAUGCCUUCUGUGCCUGACCCUGAAGAGCUUUUGCCAAAGAAUGGAUUAGAAGAGGGUGUUAAGCUUUCACGUCAUCAUCUCAGGAGCCAAGUUUCCACUCCAACUUUUGUCCCAUGGCCUACAGAAAUCAGGCCUUUGGAUCCUAACAUUUAUACCCGCCACACUACACGCCCUGCAAGUGUGAGUUACUGGUUGAGAGCAAAAGGUAGACUUCCAGAUGACCAGGCUUUGCAUAGGUGUGUAGGGGCAUACUACUCGGAUCUGCUAUUCAUUCAAAUCAGUCUAAAUCCACACCGCAGAGAGGGCAUGCUUCCAUCUUCUAUUAGUCUCGACCAUUCGAUGUGGUUUCAUAGGGAUUUUAGAGCUGAUGAGUGGUUACUAUACGUGAUUGAUAGUCCUACUGCUUACAAUGCAAGAGGCUUUUCACGUGGUCAAAUGUUCAAUAGAAAGGGAGAGCUUGUAUUGUCCGCAAUGCAGGUGGGAGUUGUUAGGAAAAUAAUAAACACACAAAGCUCUAUUUCUGCUACUGCUGCAUCCAAGCUAUAAUUAAGUCCUCUAAACAAGCUGUUGUAUCAAUCAUGAUUAUUUUUUCUCUAUUGGAAUCCGUGAUAAAAAUCACAAUUCACAAAGUUUAGGCUCAUCUACAUGUUACGUGCAUUGUCGAGGGAUCAAUGUUGUAAAUAAGCAUACGUUAAUAAAUAUGUUGAAGCUGAAAAUAUUGUUUAAAUAUACCAUCAUUUGUCACAA